CAUGCGUCGCAAAAGCAACCAUUACCGCGAAAACACGUUUUUACUGUAGUGAGUGGUCAUAUGAAAACAGUGCGUAUCAACGGCACGAUGUACAUAUAUAUAUAGAAAUAAACAAGGAAAUGUUUUUGUGUUCUUCUUUGGAUAAGUUUUAGGAAACAUUUAGGAUCAAUCAUGACAGAAAAAAAUGCUUCUGCUGGUUUUCUCAAAGAUGUGGUGGCAUAUGUUGAUGUAUGGUCUGUGAACAGAAUGGAGGAUUACUCCGAUCCAUUCAUUCAGCAGCUGCAGAACAUGGGUGCAGAGGUAUCCAAGACCCUCAACAAACAAGUGACCCACGUAGUCUUCAAACAUGGCCGCCCAUCCAUAUGGAAGAAAGCUCAGAAAAUGGGUGUGAGGAUUGUUUCGGUCCACUGGGUGGCAAGAUGCAAAGAGAGCAAUGAACGUGCAGAUGAGAGUCUUUUCCCUGCUCAAAAUGAAGAGUCCAAACUUCAUCUAAGUAAAAGAACACACCGCUGCAUGCAACCUAGAGAUAUUCCUAUAAAGACCCCUGAGAAUGACAGGCGGCUGAAGAAAAAAUUUGACAAGAUGAUCAAAGGCCUGAUAUCCUCAUCCCCCAUUGUUUCCGACACAUCACCAUUUGUAAUUGAUGAGGAAAAUGGAGUCGUGUACAGUCCCUCUUUAAAACGCUCUGACAGCAUGGCUCAGCGACUGAGAGAAAUGAGAGCUCAACGUGAAUGCCUCUCACCCACUGCCUCACAGAUGCUGGAUAGUGCCUCAGGAUGUAAUUCACCUUUGAGACCACCUUUUGGGGAAUCACCAACUCUGUCUUUCUGGCAACAACUAGAGCAAGAGCCUUUGGAUUGCUUCUCCACCUCUCUCUGUCAUUCCUCGAAGAAAAGAGAUGAGGAAGAAAAACAGAAUUGUAAUAAAAAGUUAACAAUGAAAAUAUCAAGUAAAGCAAGAAAACAAACACCUCCUGAAUCAGACACAGCCAUGGUUAUAUGUAAUGUGGCCGGUGUUGAAACACAUAGUAAAGUCUCACCCAUAUCUUCUAGAUCAAAAAGGUCUUUAGUGAACAACAUUGGAGGAAAGAAACAGUCCACUUUAAAGAGUUAUAUUGAUAAAACCUGUUGUGAAGGAAAACAAAGCUCACGCCUCAAACCUCAAACUGAAAACACUGGAAUAUAUACAAAGUUAUCUGGCAACCCUGAAAGACCUGAAUGUUCCUUGCCUGAAAGCCUGACAAAAAACAAACACAAAAACAGAAAAAGUAUACAGCAAUCCAGUGAUCUGCAGACCAACUCCAAACCUUUAUACUCCAAGAAGACGACUUCACCAGGCACUAGUUUUACAAAAAUGAAAAGUGAUGGAUCAGUAACCCACAGGCCUUUUUGUAAACCUCAGCUUCAAACUUCUGCUGUUUUGUGUUCUACUGACUUGGUUGGUGGUCUUCCUAAUAGAGAUGUUGUAGAAUGUGAGGUGUUUGAAGACUACUUCUCACCAGCGAAUAAUGCCCUUAAACGAAAGGUCAGUUUAUUUGGAUCAACCACAGAAAAAUUGCAGGUGCCCACUUUUGACCUAGAUGACUCAAACAAGAGGAAAGCCAAGAGAUCAUUUGGUAAAAAGCGAAAACAUAAAAAUAUUGAUAUUGAAGACUUCUUGGUUGGCUCAUCAGACCCUGCUCCUGAGACACCUGAAUCAAGGCCUGAAUGUUUAUCUGUGGGGACAUGCGAGUUACCGAGGUUUGAAGGAGUAAAACUUGAGGCACCGGCAAAGAAACAGAUGAGACAAACUAGACUAAACUCUUUUGUUCUUUCUGAAGAGAAGAAGCGUAAAAGCUCAAUUGACUUAGGUCCUGCUAUUGAAAAGAAGACUUCAACGGCUACUCCUCAAGUGUCAUCGUCAGUGGUUAAUGUGAAUCUAAAAAUACAGAACUGUCUUGAAAUUGCCCCUGACCCCAAACAUGCCAUUGAAAAGAGACCGAUGGGUUUAAAAACUGUAGGGAAAGAAAAUGGAAGCACAACUGAUGGGAGCCUUGAGAAAAGUCCUAAAAUGAGUAGCAAACCAAGACAUAUGAAAAAGGACAAGUUCAUGAAGAAAAACAGAUCAUUGGUAAUGACAAGCAUGCCCACUGAGAAGCAGGAAAUAGUUUUCCAGCUUGUCAGAAAUCUGGGUGGUUUUACGGUGGUGGAUAAUGUUUGUGAAAGUACCACUCAUGUGGUGUCUGGCAGCCCACGACGGACCCUAAAUAUCUUGUUAGGCAUUGCACGUGGCUGCUGGAUCCUCUCCUUUGAAUGGAUCCUGUGGUGUCUGGAGCACAGGCAGUGGGUUCCUGAAGAGCCUUAUGAGCUGUCUGAUCAUUUCCCUGCUGCACCUAUUUGCCGUCUUCAGCAGCAUCUCUCUGCUGGGGAACAUCAGCAGGAUCUCUUCCAGAAUCAGCGGCCCAUGUUUGUGUCCCCAUAUUCCCAGCCCCCCUACAAUAGCCUGACAGAACUAAUUCAGCUUUGUGGAGGAAUUGUUUGCCGGAGUGUGCGACAGGCUGGAAUCUUUAUUGGACAGUAUAAUGGCAAAAAAACAGAGGGGAGCUGCAGUCUUUCUGAACAGUGGAUUUUAGAUUGUGUCACACAUCUCACAUUGCUCCCAUAUGAAAACUAUGUCUUGGAAUGAAGAACCAUGGAAUGUGAGAUAUAUUAAAUGUCUCAACUGUAUUUUAUGUGUUUGGCAACUUAAUUUAGUGAUUUGUCAUUGUCAUGUUUAGUCAGUUGUCUUUUAUCUUACUCUGUGUUUUUUCCCUUUUAAUAAAACUGACUAAAAAGUGAA